AAUCGACGAGUGUUCGUCUUUGCAUUCAAUCAAAUGGAACUGUAUCGUAGAAUGGGUUGCCGUAAUUACUCUCGAAAGUUUAGUAAUCGUGCAAAAUUGCCUUGCUGAGAGACGGUUCUUUAGUGAAAUUUCGGUAGUAGUUUUUGUCUGACGUGCUUUUCGGUGUAGUAAACGAGUAACAAAUAGGAACAAACGAGGGCUUAAAAUCUGAAGCGCCAGGGAAAAUGGAGAACGCGAAAAACAAUUCCAGCGCAGGGACGAUCCGAAGCGAGAAACCUACCAGCAGUUCCGUCAAUCCACAAUCGCUGUCGAAGGGUUCGACCGGAGCAAGCAAACUGAGAAGAGCUUUCUCCUUGUCCCGGAAUCCCUUCCAGAGCGCUCAGUCUAGAAAAACAGUGGAAAAAUCCGGAACUGUCGCAACGUCGGUAGCAGCAGCAGCGAUGACGAAUGCGAGCGUUGUGACCUCGGAACAAAAUUCCAUCAACAGCGGCGGUGGACCGACGGGAGGGAAAGGCGGAAGUGGCAUUGAUACAAAAUUUCAUGCUAGUUCCGAUACCAGGAACGGUUCGGAGAGGAAAAUCUUCAGGCGUUUAUCGGUGAAAAAGUUCAUCAAUCGCAUUGCACAACAAAUGACAUAUGUCAAUCUUGCUGGCAAUCAAAAAGGGGACCGCGUUCCACCAGCUGCGCCUAUGAACGGUUUCGUUUGGCCCCCGGACACGGUUCCCGGUGUGAUCGGGCUGCGCAAUCACGGCAACACCUGCUUCAUGAAUGCCGUCCUGCAGUGUCUCAGCCACACUGACAUACUGGCCGAGUAUUUCGUUCUAGAUCAAUACAAGGCGGAUUUGAAGCGCCGCAAUAAGAUCAAUGCCAAAAAGUUCGGAACUAAGGGAGAGCUCACCGAACAGUUGGCACUGGUGCUGAAAGCGCUGUGGACUUGUAAAGAUGCCCCCGAGCAUAGCUCAAGCUUUAAGGCCGCAGUAGACCGAUACGGUAGUCAAUUCCGGAGUUCCACGCAGCACGAUGCGCAGGAGUUCCUCUUCUGGUUGUUGGAUAAGGUGCACGAGGACCUCAAUACGGCUAGUAAGCGGAAAUACAAAGCGAUCAAGAAUAACUACGGCCGGUCGGACGAAGCGAUCGCCGCUGAAACCCUGGCGAAUCACAUUCGCUGUAACAACUCGUUCGUACAGGCCGUCUUUCAGGCUCAGUUCCGUUCGUCGUUGACAUGCCCGCGGUGCCAUAAGCAGAGCAAUACCUUCGAUCCGUUCCACUGUAUCUCGGUGCAGUUGCCACAGCUCACACUGCAACCUGUAUUUGUGCGGGUCAUUUACGCUUCACAACAACCGAAGCAGGUGCUGCUGGGGCUCGGCGUGCCGCAUGGAUCAUCGGUAAUGGUGUUGAGAGAGCAGUUACACGCCGAUACGGGGAUCGCCGUGGAUAGGAUGAUACUGGCUGAGAUGAACGACUGUGGGUUUACCCGAGUAUACUGUGAUUCACAUUUGACCUCUUCGACAGGGGAUGAAGGAUCGGUGUACUGCGUCGAAAGUCCACUGGUAGGCGAGGGGAUGACCCAAAUUGUGCUGUGUAUUAGUAAUGCAAGGAGAGAUGUAGUAAGCGGGGAGGUUCGACGUUUCGGCACUCCUUUCUGUAUAGUUGUGAAUCGAGAUGUAUCGUACGUGGAACUGCAGAAAAUGUUACUGAAAGAGAUGUCUGGGAUUCUGAAAUCGGAAGUGUUUACCUACAGUACGCCUUUACAGGAGAUGUUUAAAAUGCGACUUCAGGAUCCUUCUUGUGAUGCGGAUGCCUUUCUGGAAGCAAGUGUAGAACAUCCACUCUUCACUGAGAUGAUCGAUUUGGCUCUAUCGGUGCUACCAACGGAUGCUGGGCCAGCCCACGUAAAACUGCUAAUUGAGUGGGUUAAUCCGGAACGUUUCUUUAGUGAUAUGACGGAUCCGUUUGUAGAACACGAGAGUGUCAGUCAAAUGAAGGAGAAAAUUCCGGCAAGUUCUGCCUUAACGUUGGAACAGUGCCUCGAACAUUAUACCAAAGCGGAAACGCUCAGUGCUGAGGAUGCUUGGAGAUGUCCCCAUUGUCAAAAGUAUCUCCCCGUGGUAAAAACUCUCGGACUCUGGUCGCUUCCAGACAUAAUGGUGAUCCACUUCAAACGUUUUCGGCAGCAGCAACUACGGGGACCUCAGGCUGCAAAACUGACUACUCUAGUAAAGUUUCCUCUGAAUGGCUUCGAUAUGUCUCCGCACUUGGCACGAGAUCCCAAUGUGGAAGCAUCGGCUACCGAAAUUGAGGACAACUGGAGUCCUUGGCGGAGGUCAUCGAAACGUCACACAACACAUUCCUCUCAGCAGCAAAGUUUCCCUCUGCAAGUAAUGGACAAUCAAUACGAUCUGUAUGCUGUUUGCUACCACCAGGGGGAUACCUUGGAAACUGGACACUACACAGCAGCAUGUAAAAACCCGUACGAUCAUCAGUGGUACAAGUUCGACGAUCAACGAGUGACCCAAGUUCCGAACGACCGUGUCCAAGAGGAGAUAGUUAACAACGAGGCAUACAUUCUAUUCUACCAAAGACGCAAGAUUGAUGGGUCAGAAUGCUCUGGUACGAGCUCUAGCUCCGGAGCAGAUCACUGGGUAUCACGAAUUGCUGCUCCUUCGUCGAUCGUACCGUCAGCCGAGUUGAAGGCAAGGGAAGAUCCAUCGAAAAUGGCUGCUCCUGUUCCUAUUACAGCCGCUUCGGAUAUCGCACUUGUUCCAAAGAAGGCGGAGAUCGAAGAGGUUCAAACCAUACAUUCCGAAAGUGAAAGUGAUGUUAGCGAGCAACCGACGUCCCCAAGGGAGGAAGUGAAAGAAAUUUUUGGAAGCGAAAAGAAUCAAACGGAAAAUAAAACACAAACUGUAGUUCAGGUUGAAGUGGAAGCUCAAAGCAUUGUGGAUGUUAUAAAGGAAGACACGCUACCAGAUACGUUACCAGGGCCUUGUGAAAUAACACUCAAACCACCCGUCGCUGAGGUAUUUAAUGAAGAGCCAUCAAAGAACACUUCAACAACAACAACCGCGAUUGAAGUGCCUUCCUCUCCGGAGCCGCGACAAUCUCCAAUCAGCAAACCCUCGGUGGAGCAGAAAUCCUACUCAAGUAGCGUACUGUCAUCCGACUCCAGCAGUCGGUUUUCGCUGCCAGCGUCCCACUCCCAUUUUCAGGACAUUCUGUGGCGAGAGAAUGCAACAGUUUCUGAGUUCAUAAAUAGCCACCAUCAUCACCACCACCACCAUCAUCACCACCACAAUCCCCAUCGGCCAUCGUCGUAUACCUAUAAAUCCUACGAAUCGGAUGCCGUUUCGAUGAUUCGCGGAGCCAACACCUGCAGCAAGGAUACACUGCUCUUUAUCGAUCAACAAUCGCACGCAGCAGGGUUGGAUCGGGUUGCGUUGGAUGAUGAUGAUGACGACGUGGACGACCUGAUGAGUAGCAGCCGGGCGCUUUGGAUAUCCCCGGUUACUCCGCAUAAGCUCAUAACGGUUUCCCCGAAGAACUAAUGACUGUUUUAAAUAAUACCCUGCGAACGAGAUUUCAAAAAUCUGCGGCCAACCGAUGCAUCCACCAAAAAUACGCAUAUUUUGUGAGCAACACAAGCGUCCCAGCGCGGAUGUGUCCUCUUUGUUUUCUUUUGUUUUGUGUCGAACAGUUUGUUGAAAGUUUAUGAUUUUUAUCAAUUGUUUUUAUGUUAAUAUUUUGUUUGUCUGUACGAAAACCACCAACUAAUUAUUAUUAUUUAUUGUGUAAAUCAUAAAAACCAAACGAUUCAGGAUAAUGGAAUUCAACCCCGCCAGGUAAGUAUGUAUUCCCGUGUGUAUUUGAUUUCUUCUAUAGAGUGUAGAGUCCAUCGUUGACGAUUUAGGCUGUCCCUUGGGGCGUAUCAGUACGAUGUUGUCAGCUCAAACUGGUACUGAUAUGCUGUUGAGGGCAAUUGAACAUGUAUAGAAAACUCCUGUUCCUCUUGUAAUCUAACCCACUUGAUUGAAAUUGAAGUAUCCUCAUCGUGUUCGAAAACAACUUUCCAUUUUUCCUAAGCGAAGCAAAACCAAUUAACAUUCGAAAAACAUUUUCGAGAGCAAUUAUCUUGAAAGGUUUAUUACAUAGUGUACCGUCAGCUGAAAGUGAACGUAGAUAUGGUAAGCGUUUGAAACUGAUUACCUAGUAGGAACUAAGAAAAGACACAAAAUCGAGAAAAAAGGGUAAAAAUUCAGCUAGAGUUUAGAAUUUAGUGAGUGAUAAAAUCAGAUACGAGAUUUAAGCGUAGAUAUUGAAAAAAAUAAAUGAUGAAAACAAGAAAAAAAUUGAAACAUUAAGCAUGCAGAAACAAGUACAAUUUAAUGUUAGUUAUUUGAUUGUGAAAAGAGAAUAAAAAUUGUAAAUUAUUAUUAGAUCA